AUGCGGCCGCAGACCGCGGCGUCCAUGCGCGAUGGCGACGGUGUGGUGAGCGUGCGCGAUGCGAAAGAACGCGUCACGAUCAUCAUCACCACCUCUCCGUGUCGCGCGCAUCCGAGCACGUGGCUGAUCGAAGAAGUCGCCGCGAGCAUCGCCGGGCGAAGCGGCCUCGCGACGGCGACGGGGACGCGACUGUUGGUCGUGUGCGAUGGGUACAAAGUGCGAGAAUCGAAUAAAUUCCGCGCCGGCGCCGUCAACGAGGAAGGGUUGAAGAAUUAUGAGACGUAUCUGUCCAGAUUAGUGUGGUUGAGCGAACAGAGCGACGGCGCGCUGCGCGGCGCGGAGUUGAUUCGGUUAAAACAGCGCCACGGGUUCGGUCACGCUUUGAAGCGAGCGAUGAUGCGCGUGACGACGGAGUACGUGCUCGUGGCCCAGCACGACCGCUUAUUUACACGCGUCGUUCCCAUGAGUGCGGUCCUCGACGCAAUGGACGCGGACCCACAGAUCAACUACGUCGGCUUCCCUACGAAGACGACUCAAAACUACGACGUCAAGUGCGUAGGGCGAGUAUUCACGAGCGAAUAUGGACAGCUGCGAAUGUCACGAAAGCAGUUUCGCGACGUCGAACUCGUACCUUUGGUUCAACACUACGAUUCCAUGCACGUCGCGCGCACAUCCUUCUACCUCGGUCGCGUGUUUGGACAGCGCCGUUGGACAAAUUUGCCCGUCGGGGGCUUCAUCGAGGACACCGUCGGCCAACACAUGCUCGCCGAGUUUCGCAAAAUAGGCGCCGACGCGCACUCCAUCUUCAACAUGUACAUCGUCGAAGACGCCAUCGACGACGAACCCAUGGCUGGUCACCUCGACGGCCACGAUCCCGCCCACGCCCACGAAGACGCCGGCGCCGAGUUUUCCUUUGCCCGCGCGCGCUCCGCCGAGCGCGACUGGUUCGAGCGCGCGCUCCGGCCUUCCUCGACCAUCGAAACCCUCCUCGGCACCGGGCAUUUCAGCGAGCGUAAAGCCUACCUCACCGCCAUCGGUCGCGCGGAUUUACUCCCGAUCCCACCCACCGCCUAG